AUGGCGGCGGUGGCCCAGUGUGUGCGGGGCGCGCUGCGCCCGCGGUACCCGCUGCUGAGCUUCUCCCUGAGGACUUCUCCACGACUGCUUUGUGUAGCAACACAACAGAAAAAUACUGGCCAGAACUUGGAAGAGGACCAGAGUCAGAGCCAAAAUGAGCAGAAGGUUGAACCCAGCUCUGCUGAAAAAAUGUUAACUGAAGAAAAGGCCAAACUGGAAGAACAACUAAAAGAAGUUACUGACAAGUACAAGCGUGCCUUGGCAGAUGCAGAAAACGUGAGGCAAAGAAGCCAGAAACUGGUAGAAGAGGCAAAGUUAUACGGGAUUCAGAGUUUCUGUAAGGACUUACUAGAAGUUGCAGACAUUUUGGAGAAAGCAACAGAAAGUGUUCCAAAAGAAGAAAUUAAGGAUGAAAAUCCUCACUUGAAGAGCUUAUAUGAAGGUCUUGUUAUGACAGAAGUACAGAUUCAGAAAGUGUUUAAAAAACACGGCCUGCUCAGACUGAAUCCUGUCGGAGCCAAGUUUGAUCCCUAUGAACACGAAGCAUUGUUCCAUGCUCCCAUGGAAGGGAAGGAGCCUGGCACUAUUGCAUUAGUAUCUAAGAUUGGCUAUAAGCUGCAUGGGCGUACACUGCGGCCUGCCUUGGUGGGUGUUGUGAAAGACGCUUAGCUGCUUAACCUGAGAAUUUAAAAUGCCAUACAACUAUUAAACAGCUGGAUGGUUUUUCUCUUACACCAUGCUUUCCUCAUUCCUCUGCCCCCUGAGAGGCUUAAAUGAAUUGGUUGAGGUCCCUCAGUGAAAAUGAAGCAACCAAUAAAAUUCUCCUGCUUAGUGGCCUUCAGCAUCACUGUUCUGUAAGCUCUCUUCUUCAGUGUGAAAUACAAGAGCCAUUAAGCCUUCUAAUGCUUUAGAUUAGAUAACAUUUUUUACAACUAUUGCUACCAAAGGUGCAUAAAUUGAAAGGAAUGAAAUGCUCACAAGAAUUUUGGAAUCUCACGUUUAUCACUAUGCGUAGAUUGAAAAUCCAAAUAGUGGUUCAAACACUUCCUUUUGUUUUGUAGAAUCUAACAUUGCAGAAGUGGGUGAAGUAGUACAAUAACCCGUUGUCUGCAAGCGUCCAUCAGCUUUUACACACUGAUGUGAUAAAUGCCCUUUUUUGUCUAUUCAGAAACAACAACUGAAAUAUUGAAACAUUUGUGAAUUCUGACCUGUAAAUAAAAGGCAGUGGAGAGUUGACAUCUUUUGUUAUUGUUCAACCCUUUUUGUUCUGUAGUAACAUUGACUCAAGAAAACCAUCUAAUACUUGUAUGGCAUUGAAGAACCAAUAGAAUUUAUCCUAUCUCUGGAUUUUUAAUUUAAUAUUGUAUAAAUUGGUUUAAACAAUUUUGAUAGUCUUGUAACUUCCAAGCUUUACAAUCAGUUUGUUAUGCAAACUGUAGUUACAACCCUGCUGAAAGCCAGAAUACCCAAAGAAGCAAGUAGCUUGAGAGUUUGGUAUAUACUGUCUCUUAGAAUUACAUAAAUAAUUGCAUGUAAGUGGCUCAAAAAUGUGAACUUAGUUUCAUCUUAAUUUCUUGCAUUUAGUCAGCUUGGAUCUUAAGUUGCAACAGAACUUUGCCCAUAUGCAGCUCUUGCCAGGUCUGACUCCACCUGCUGCUCCCAGUCCUGCAGAAUCAGGCUAAAAUACAAUACGUGAUUAACUGAACGCUUUGUCCUGCAUUUGUCUGGUCACCCGGAUAGGAGUGGAUGGAACUUAGCAAAUCACACAACUGACAAAGCUUCUGUCCUCUUGUAUCCUCAAAGCCCAUACAUUCAACACACAAGACAGAAACUUCAAAGGUAUGCAUGUUAUUAGGACCUGGUAAACAGUGAGUACUUCUGAAUUUUUCACCCUUGUUUCUGGUUGUCUUGGAUUAAGGAGCUUCUUACCUUAAGGUCAAGUAUUAUUUUUUUUGUUCAGAUGCAGACUUGCCAACAGCUUACUGAACACUCGACCUACUCAUGGUGGGAAGUGAUUACUUGUUCUUUAAGACCUUUUUCCCAGUGCUGGUUUGUCUCAUGGGAAUCAGAUAGUUAACUAGGAACAACCUAAAUGCA